CAUCUAUUUCCGUUUUAACUGACGAGAAAAGGCGGGUAAUUGUCUUCCAAAGCCGUGAGAAUGCCUGUUGCUUUGUGUUGCUUUAGUUGAUUCAUUUUACAAGAGCCGCAUACGAUUUUUCUACAUUUUUUCUGCUCAAAGCUCGAGUAUACGGUAUCUAUCAAGCAGAAACAAACGGCAGUAUGUUUGAGGCACGUCUGGUACAGAGCGCGAUCCUGAAGAAGGUGUUGGACGCGGUAAAGGAUCUUUUAACAGAAGCGACGUUCGAAUGCUCAGACUCGGGGAUUCAGCUCCAGGCGAUGGACAACGCUCACGUUUCCCUGGUCUCGUUGAAUCUCAGGAGCGAUGGCUUCGACAAGUAUCGUUGCGACCGGAAUUUAUCGAUGGGCAUGAGCAUCAAUUGUAUGUCAAAGAUCCUACGAUGCGCUGGUGUGGAAGAUACAGUGACCCUCAGGGCGUGGGAUAAUCCCGAAUCUAUCGUUUUUAUAUUCGAAUCCCCGAACAAAGACAAACUCGCCGAAUAUGAAAUGAAGCUAAUCAAUAUGGAUCAGGAGCAUCUCGGCAUUCCUGAAACCUCUUAUUCGUGUGUUGUUAAAAUGCCAUCUGCAGAAUUUACACGCAUAUGCAGAGAUUUGAGUCAAUUUGGAGAAUCUAUAACUUUUGCCUGUACCAAGGAAGGUAUAAAAUUCAGCGCAUCUGGUGACUAUGGCUCAGCCAAUAUCAAAUUAGCACAAACUGCAGAUGCUGAUAAAGAAGAGGAAGCAGUAAUAGUUAACAUGCAGGAACCAGUAAAGUUAACAUUUUCUUGUCGUUAUUUAAACAGUUUUGUGAAGGCUGGUCCUCUUUGCAAUCAAGUUCAACUGUCUAUGUCCGAUGAUGUGCCUUUAGUAUGCGAAUAUAAAAUUGGUGAUAUUGGACACAUCAGGUAUUACCUGGCGCCCAAGAUCGACGAUGAGGAGGAAAAUUAAAAUAAGAAAUAAAAUUCGUAUACAUUGAACUAUAAUUAUCAGUACCGUAUUAAGUUACUUAUUGCUUUGGAAAAUGUGUCCUAGUAAUUUUCUUACAUACUUAUCAUAUUUAUUUCAAUAGAAAAAGAUUAAUCGGCUUGACACGUUAAUUCUAAUAAAGGGACAAUACCAUACAUAUAUUUUAAUAAUGGAGAGAAAAUUAAAUAUUCUGUUAUUAAUAUUGAGGUACAAGUAACGCAAAGUUAGAAGUACUUUUAAGGUAAUAUAUUAUUUGAAUUUUACAUUUAAAAGUUAUUUGGCUUGUCACAGUGCUAGCGUAAUGCAGAAUUGACACUAAAAUUCAUAGUAGAGUGACACAAUAAUGAUUAAUAUAGCAAAAUGGUGUCAUCUUCUUAAUCAAUAUUCACAUUGUUACUGUUCCAGAAACUGUGACAGUAUUUUGAUAAUAUCGCAUUGUUUUUUUUUCUUUUUAUAUGUAAGAAGAACUCAAUAUAUCUCCAAAAAA